UGCUGGUUACAUCAUUCGGUCCGGCCGGGCUGGGCUGGGCUGGGCUGGGAAAGGAAGAAAUCCCGGUUGGGCUUCGUCCGCGUACCCGGCCCGCGCUCGCGCUGAGCUGAGCUGAGCUGAGGUGAAAAGGUCCCAGCUUAUGUGUGAUUGCAGUAGCAUCACCUGUGCAGACUGAACAGCACUGUCCCCAGUGAAUGUUGUUUUUUUAAAAAAAGAAAAAGGAAAGAAUGGUUCAGCAAGUUGCAGAAAAUAUUUGCUUUCCAGCUGAGGAGGAGAAGAUAUUGAAGUUCUGGAGCCAACUUAAUUGUUUUCAGGAAUGCUUGAAACAGUCAAAAAAUAGACCUAGGUUUACCUUCUAUGAUGGUCCUCCAUUUGCUACUGGGCUUCCACACUAUGGCCACAUUCUUGCUGGAACCAUUAAAGACAUAGUAACCAGAUUUGCCCACCAGAGUGGAUUUCAUGUUGACAGAAGAUUUGGAUGGGAUUGCCAUGGUUUACCUGUGGAGUAUGAAAUUGACAAAGCACUUGGCAUCAAAGGACCAGAGGAUGUGGCCAAAAUGGGGAUUGCAGAGUAUAACAGUCAGUGUAGGGGAAUUGUGAUGAGAUACUCCAAAGAGUGGGAGUUCAAUGUUACCAGACUGGGACGCUGGAUUGAUUUUGAGAAUGACUAUAAAACUCUGUAUCCAGAAUUCAUGGAAUCUGUAUGGUGGGUUUUCAAGCAGCUGUAUGACAAAGGUCUGGUUUACAGAGGAGUUAAAGUUAUGCCUUUCUCCACUGCAUGUAACACUCCCCUUUCAAACUUUGAAUCUCAUCAGAACUAUAAGGAUGUUCAAGAUCCAUCGGUAAUUAUAAGCUUCCCACUGGAUGAAGAUGAAAACAUCUCUCUUGUUGCUUGGACAACUACUCCUUGGACUCUACCAAGUAAUCUGGCCCUCUGUGUUAAUCCAGAAUUGCAGUAUGUGAAACUGAAAGAUAAUGCCACAGGGAAGAUUUUUAUUUUGAUGGAAGCCAGACUGGUGUCACUAUACAAAUCUGAAAAUGAAUACAAGAUCCUUGAUAGGUUUCCUGGCGUGGCUCUUAAAGGCAAGAAAUAUAAACCACUGUUUGAAUAUUUUAUUAAGUGUAAAGAGAAUGGUGCUUUUACUGUGGUGAUAGAUAACUAUGUAAAAGCAGAAGAAGGCACAGGGGUUGUGCAUCAGGCCCCCUACUUCGGUGCUGAUGAUUACAGAGUCUGCAUGGAUUUUAAUAUUAUUCAGAAAGAUUCAGUACCAGUUUGUCCUGUUGAUGCUUCAGGCUGCUUCACAGCAGAAGUGACUGAUUUUGCUGGGCAAUAUGUGAAGGAUGCAGAUAAGAAUAUCAUCAGGGCUCUGAAAGAGAAAGGUAGACUGGUUCACAUCAGUACUUUUAAGCACAGCUACCCUUUCUGUUGGAGAUCUGAUACCCCUCUAAUAUAUAAAGCUGUGCCAAGCUGGUUUGUAAGAGUAGAGCACAUGGUGGAGAAGUUAUUGGAGAAUAAUGCUCAAUGCUACUGGGUUCCUGACUUUGUGAGAGAGAAGCGUUUUGGCAACUGGUUGAAAGAAGCCCGUGACUGGGCUAUAUCCAGAAACCGAUACUGGGGAACACCUAUUCCUUUGUGGGUCAGCGAUGAUUUUGAAGAGGUGGUUUGCAUUGGAUCGGUGGCAGAACUGGAAGAGCUAUCAGGAGUGAAAAUCACAGAUCUUCAUAGAGAAAGCGUUGAUCAUCUAACCAUCCCUUCACGCUGCAGAAAGGGCAUGUUGCACCGUGUUUCCGAAGUGUUUGACUGCUGGUUUGAGAGUGGGAGCAUGCCAUAUGCUCAAGUACAUUAUCCAUUUGAGAACAAAAAAGAAUUUGAAGAUGCCUUCCCUGCUGAUUUCAUUGCUGAAGGCAUUGACCAAACCAGAGGAUGGUUUUACACUUUGCUGGUGCUGUCCUCAGCUCUUUUUGGAAAGCCUCCUUUCAAGAAUGUAAUUGUAAAUGGGCUAGUUCUUGCCAGUGAUGGCCAAAAAAUGAGCAAACGAAAGAAGAACUAUCCUGAUCCAAUGCACAUUGUAAAUAGUUAUGGAGCUGAUGCACUAAGGUUGUAUCUCAUUAAUUCUCCUGUGGUAAGAGCAGAAAACUUACGAUUUAAGGAAGAAGGAGUAAGGGAUAUACUGAAGGAUGUCUUAUUGCCCUGGUAUAAUGCAUAUCGCUUUCUCGUUCAGAAUGUUGUGAUCCUGCAACAUAAGGAAGAGGGAAAAGAAUUCCUUUACAACGAGAACACAGUUAAGCAGACCAAUAACAUCAUGGACAAAUGGAUUCUUUCCUUCAUGCAGUCACUCAUUCAGUUCUUCAAGGCUGAAAUGGCAGCCUACAGACUAUACACUGUAGUCCCUCGGCUGGUGAAGUUUGUUGAUAUACUGACCAAUUGGUAUGUUAGAAUGAAUCGCAGAAGGUUAAAGGGUGAAAGUGGAACUGAUGACUGCAUUAUGGCUUUGGAAACCUUGUUUAAUGUUCUGUAUGCAAUGUGCAAACUUAUGGCACCUUAUACUCCAUUUAUUACUGAAAUGCUGUACCAGAAUCUGAAGACCCUUAUUGAUCCUGCCUCUGUUCAAGAAAAGAACAUUGAGAGCAUUCACUACCUCAUGCUUCCUCAAGUGAGGGAAGAUCUGAUUGACAAAAAAAUUGAAAGUGCCAUUUCCUGUUUGCAGUCCAUUAUUGAGCUUGGCCGUGUAAUACGAGACAGGAAAACCAUUCCAGUAAAGUAUCCUUUGAAAGAAGUAGUGGUUAUCCAUCAGGAUCCAGGGGCUCUGGAAAACAUUAGGUCAUUGGAGAAAUAUAUACUUGAGGAGCUUAAUGUGCGUCAAGUGACACUGUCUACGGAUAAAGAUAAGUAUGGAAUCCGGCUGAGAGCAGAACCAGAUCACAUGGUGCUCGGAAAGCGUCUGAAAGGUGCCUUUAAGCCUGUUAUGACUGCUAUCAAGGAGCUGAAGAGUGAGCAGCUGGAGAAAUUUCAAAAGACAGGGAUUAUUUUAGUGGAAGGCCACGAACUACAUGAGGAAGAUCUUCGUCUCAUGUACACCUUUGAUCAAGUCACAGGAUGCUCUGCCCAGUAUGAGGCACAUUCUGAUGCUCAGAUUUUAGUUCUCUUAGAUGUCACCCCAGAUCAGUCAAUGGUUGAUGAAGGAGUUGCCCGUGAAGUGAUAAAUCGCAUCCAAAAACUUCGCAAGAAGCGCAAUCUGGUUCCUACGGAUGAGAUUAUAGUGUAUUACAGAUCAACUCCAGAAGGUGACUACUUGGAAUCAGUUAUUAAAGAACACACAGAUUUCAUUUUUGCAACAAUAAAGGCUAGUCUGAAGCCAUACCCAGUGCCUACCUCAAAAGAAGUGCUCAUACAGGAGAGAACUCAACUGAAGGGAUCGGAACUAGAAAUUACACUUGUCAGAGGAGGUUUGUGUCGUCAUGUGGGUCCAGCAUGUGCAUAUGUCAAUCUCAACAUUUGCAUUAAUGGUACAGAGCAAGACGGUAUGUUGCUGCUAGAAAAUCCAAAGGGCGAUAAUAUGCUGGAUUUUACCAAAUUUGUGGAUGCUGUGUCCUGUAUUUUCAAUCUCAAAAAUUCAAAACUGACCAUUUUUAAUGGAAAAACAGAACUGAUGAACAAAACUGACUUGCUGAGUCUCAGUGGAAAGACUCUUUAUGUGACAUCAGGGUCAGCUCCUGCUUUGAUCAACCCCCCUGAUGCUCUUGUCUGCCAGUAUAUCAACUUGCAGUUAGUGAAUAUGAAACCACAAGAGUGUCUAAAAGGAAUGGUUGGAACUCUUCUCAUGGAAAAUCCAGUUGGUCAGAACGGCCUGACCUAUCAAGGUCUUCUGUAUGAAACAGCAAAAGUGUUUGGGUUCAGGAGCAGGAAGCUAAAGUUGUUCCUGGAUGAAGCACAAACACAGGAGAUUACAAAAGACACCUCCAUGAAGACACUGAACAUGAAGACUGUGUAUGUUUAUGUUAUACCAACAACUGCUGAAUGCUGAGAAUUCCAUUUUUAUGAAUGAGCCUAUGUAGACUUCUUUUUUUCACAGAAGAGAAAUCUGGUUUAAAUUAGUAUACUUUUUAACAAACAUUCAAGUUGUGUACUGUACUUUCAACAUCUUCAGUUGUACAUUGAAGAUGUUUUCUACCAGUGCAUGUGUAAUAUGCUGCUUUUGGUUUCAAAUACAAUUUAUUUUCAUUAUGUUAUAAGAUACUUUAAAAGUUUUUCACAGUAAUGUCAGAUCUUAACCCUGGAUAUCUAUGCAGUAACUUGCCUGAAAGAGAUGGGACUCUAGUACCUCAAUGAUGCCAUUCUCAGCCUGUCCUUUAUACAGAGACCACCUUUAGUUUUCUAAAUCAUGGCUCACACACAAGGAUCUGUGAUAUCUACUAUGUUCUGAUAGCUUUGAAACUAAUUAAGAAAGUGUUAUCCAGUUUUGUGAAUUCAUACUAGUUGGGUUUUCAUAAGGUUUGUGGCAUUGAUGAAAAUAAUUCUUAAUUUCAGAAACUUUGAACAAUAAAUUUGCGCUUUCUCCAAGACCAUA